UAUGAAGGUGAAGGGGCAGCGGGCAUUUGCAGUGGAGCACCAGGGACCGCAGAGACGAGUGGCAUCGGCCCAGCCCUGAUCCAGCCUGUGAGGUCUGGCCAUGAAGAGGCUACUCCUCCUUGUCUCUCUGUUCCUUUUUCUGCCCAUUCAGCAGGUGGUGUCCAGCCCGGCGAGGGACAAGAAGCCCUCUGGACAUAGCUCUGAGAUGGACACUGUGACUGGGAUUGCCUCUCCAGGACAGCCCCUGCUUCGCCGUGCGGCCCGGAUGACCCCAUUCUGGAGGUCCCUGGGCUUCAAACCUUCCCAGGCUCAUUGCCUGCGGGACCUGGAAUGCAUCAGCAAAUACUGCAGGAAUGGCUAUUGCUCAAAGCCCCCCUGGAGUCCUGAAGCCUUGGAAGCUGGGGCUGCCUGAUCACUGAGGCACCAGAAGUCACCUGAGCCCCCACCUUCCCCCACCUUCAUUUAUGGGCUUGAAACCCCUUCUCCUUGCUUUAUUCCUCUUUGGUUUGCUUCCCUGGACAAAACAUGCCUUUUCCCAAGCUUUCGGGACAGGGGGGCAGUUAUGCCCAUUAGCUUGGCCCCUGCAUACCCCAUCUGAAUCCUGCCCUUGGAGGAAGCCCCCAGCUCCUAUUUAGAGAAGCCCAAUAGGAAAAAGUAGGGCUCUGUCCUGAAGUAGUUAGCUUCUGGCUGUUGAGGUACCAAGCCAUAACUAGGCUGUGGCAAGCAGGCCUUUGUCCCAGGACACCCAAAUUGAGAGGGUGACGACAGCCCUUACUCUCCUUUGGUAGCACAGAAACAAUUGAACUCAGCACCUAAUUAAUGAGAAUAAUUAGUCACUGCCUCCCCUCACUAAUUGUUGGCACCCAAGCUAAUUCUCUGACCCCACCUCAACAAGCCCUGUUCUGACCUCCUCAGAAGCAGCUUCAGGAAGGCUCAAUACCUCAGCGCAGGCAUCUGUUUCCCCAUUUUGGUGUGAUGCCCCCCACUUUGUGCCCAACUAUCUCUCCCUCCAACAAAUGAAUUUGUCUCAAAAGCUUGA